UUCUCUCUUCUACUGUAUCUGUCGCAGAUCUGUGCUCGGAUCCUGUCAGGAAUAUUCUUCUGCUUCUCGCAUGAGUUGAUGAUUGACGGAGACUCCUCCCAAACAAACUUCCUCUAACUCUCGUCUGAAGUGUGUGUGGAGAUCCGAGCUCGAUCGGAAGUUGUCUUCGGCCUCGACUCUCGGAUGUUAGGUUCGGCAGUGUCCACAUGAUGUCCGAUCUGAAGAGGCAGAUGUCCUGGCACGAGGAUUUCGCCAGAAACCUCUCCAGAUUCUUUUCCAGAAAUAAAUCCGCGGACAGCGAGGGGAAUGGAAGUGAGGUCAGAGAGGCUGAUGGGUCGGCAGUGUCCUGCAGCUCUGAGCGAGAUCCUGAUCAAACACCUGAGAAGCUCCUGGACCCAGCACAGGAAGAUCCGUCACAGGAGUCGCAGUCGUCUGACGUCCCGGACGGAAACACAGCGUCACAGACGGAGGACGGAUCUGGAGGGGAUGCCAGGGACUCGGCUCCUUCAAGCUCCACUGUGCCCCCUGCUGAUGGCUUCCUCAGACGCCUGGGAAGCCUGUUUCAUUUCAGCCGGACAGAACCGGCCGGAGCCCAGCGAGAGAGACGGAGCGAUGCGGACAGCAGCAGUCUGACUACAACACAGAGAGACACGCAAACAAGCGCAGAGACCCUGGAGAGCAGAGGAGGGGCAGAACCACGUGAUCCAGCACUGACCGCAGAGACAUCCCUGUGUCAUUCAGAGCACACACACACACCUUCGGAGGAGCAGUCUGAGGAGGACAGACGUGAUGCUGUAAACAUCGAUGCCAAAGAGAGCUUGGAGGACAGGAGACGGUUUGAUCUAGCCUGUCCUCCUGUAGUGACUUACGGCACGUACCGUGGAUCGAGGGAAGUCCGGAAACCAAAGAAGAAGCAUCGGGUCGAACUUCAUUCGCCCAUCUCUGAGGGAGAAGAGGCUACACAACCCGACGGCCAUGAGGACAGUGAGAUCUCCUCGUGUGCUGUAAACACCAUGAGCACUGAGAGUCAGGAAUAUCCCACAGCUGUGAAUCAAGCAUCUCCUUCCCAGGACACGUUGGCUCAGAGUGUCUUAUCAGACCGGGUUCCAGCUGUUGAAUCUGAACUAACUCCAUCCCAAACACAUCCUCAUCCAAAGGAUCCAGUGAACAGAGGACAGGUGCAUCUCGCUCUGAGCUCUACGCCACAGACGCUAUCAGAGGACAACGCUGAUCUGACCGCUUCAGACACCAACACAGACCAUCACCAAACUCAGAGCUCAGAGCCAGCUUUAACUGUAGACAGAACAGAUGAUCUAGUCCCUGGCUCUCAGGCGUGCUGGACCCUGGAGGAGUUUGAGCUGAAACAGACUGUGGUGGAUUUUGGGAUGGAUGACAAAGUUCUGCAAUUGGAGUCUAAAAAGAUGGUGGAUAGCAUCCUGACAAAUGCCCUCGCUGCCCUGCAUAAGAUGGAAGCGUCCGAGACGGAGCAUGAGGUCAUGUUGACCUGUGACCCUAACAAAGGCUCGGAGGCGGUGCUGUGUGAAGGGUCAGAAGGCUGUGGAGAUGGAGGCACUAAUGCAGAGCGUCAGUUUGGUGUGGUGUUGACGGACCAGGUGCUGUCUGCUGUUCUGGAGGAAACGCUAGCAGGGAGUUGUAGCCUUGUGGACUGCAGCAGGUCCCCGCCCUCCUCAGGAUACGAGUCCAUCGCUGGCUCCGACACGGACAUCAGGUGCGUUGUGGGCGUGGCCUCUGACGUCACCACUGCCAGCGCUCCAGUCGGAUCUCAGAAUGAGAAUCAGGAUGCUCUGGAAUAUCUCUUUGAAGAAAAGAAUUUGGAUGGAACCGCGUCCCGUAAGAGCAGCGGGAGAAACUCUGUGCUCAGUGCUGCUGCUGAUGAGCCAUUAUCCCCUAAUCUCCACAGUCUCCAUAAAACAGACAUCAAGCUCUUGUCAGAGGAGUCUCUCUGGCGGGAGCAGCACACGCGUGAUGUUUCCGUAUGUGAAGCGGAGUGGGUAAGAGGGGAAAAGAGACCUCAGGGUACAGCCAAAGACAAUGCAAUGAGCAAUAACUGUCAACUCAGCCUGAAUGGUUCCAGUGGCACUUCUGGCACGGCUCCAUCAGCACAUCAGGAGAGUCUUCAACAAAGCCAAACUCUCAGUGUAAUGGGGAAGUCAGACCCCGUUAGCCACAGUCUUGUAUCUGACACAGCGGAUGCAGAUAUGAUGUCAGAGAUCACACAAAGCCAUACUCCUGAGAAGACAGAAUGCAGUGAUGAGCAGGAACAGAUCUGCCGAGUCUCUCAGGCUGGAAUAGAUUCACGUGUCCUGCCAUCCGUGACUGAAGUGGACCAUCCUUCUCAGUGGGCCACGGUCCAAGCGUUUCGCUGCGAUGUCACCGACGACCAAAGCCUGAGCCCUGCUACACUCAAGGAGCAUUUCAGCGUGAACCAAGCAGAUGCUGGAACGUCACUCGUGUCAGUUUCAGGUCGUAGAAUUCACCUUGACCCUGUGGACAGCUCCAGCAGGACCGCAGCUGUCGUUCCCCAACACUCCCGCUCUCACGAUCUUGACCUCCACCAGCUCGACGGAGGCUUCGCCAUCAUCAGUGAGGAGGAAGAAAGUGACAUGGUGUUCGUGAACGACAUGGGGCCCAUUCACAGUCCCAGCACACGUCGAGCCAAAGCAUACCCCUUCUCCCUGUCUCCUAUCUACGAGGAGGAGUUCGGCCGAGAGGAGGCUUCAGGGCAGCAGACUCUGCAGGUUCCUCCAGUGACAGAAGAGGAGCAGAGGAGCGUGGAGCAGCCGGCCUCGUCCAUCCUUUCCCUCCUGCAGUCAGUCAGCGAGAAGCUUCAAUCCAGUGUGGUCUACAGUUCAGUCGAGCAGUCCGUCCAUGCAGCGCCGAGCCGAGAUGACAGUGAGGACGAUGAUGAGGACUCCAGCAUCCCACAGAGCCGCCAGCUCAUUGAGGCCAAACCUGAGCAUGAGACUGCUCAUGACACUCCGGAUAGAAUACAGGAGGAACGGGAAUGUGAUGGCACACUGUUAAAUAUUGGGAAGAACACCAAUACACCUUUUUAUCAGUACUUGAAAUCUGGAAUACUGCCAUCAGGUGAUGAAGAACCGGAAGACUCUAAACAGAUUGUGUGUCGUAGUGCAGGCAACACGACGGUCACGGGAGAGAUCGGAGGGUUCGGAAAGGUCAACGCUAGACCUGCAGCAGUGCUGGUCUACGAGAGUCAGUCUCUGAGCGCUCAGAGGAGAGACAUCUGUGAUGACGUGGAGGAUGCUGGGAGGGAUCUGUUUGCUCACAGAGGAACGCUUCACGCGCUGAGAGGAUGUUGGCUGCUGUAUGUGGACUCGUGGUUCCGUGGCUCAUGUGUUCUUCUGGAGGAGGGUCAGACUGUGACCAGCGGAGGAUCUCAGCAGGACCUGAAGGAGACCAGUGAGCCCUGCAGGACUGAUGUCAGUGACGCGCUGACGGUGGGCUCCAUCAGGACGCUGCUGAAGGAUGGCAGUGUUCCAGAGAUCCAUCUGUAUCCCAGCUCGUCUCAGACGGUCCGUCUUCAUUCUGCAUCAGACCUGACCGGUGCUCCGGUGCUCCUCUCUGACCUCUGCGUCAGGACCGGAUGCUGGUUGGUUUAUGAGCAGCCUGGAUUCAGCGGCAGAUCCGCCGUUCUGGAAACUGACGGGAGAGUCACGCCGCUUCUCCAGAAUUCCCUCCUGUCCUGCGUCAAGAGUCUCCGGCCGUUAGCAAUGGGUGGGCUGCAGGUGAGCAGACCGCUGGACCCGAAGGUGGUGGUGUUUGAGAAGCCGUGGUUCCAGGGUGGGUUCAGGGAGCUGCUGGAUCACGCUCCCCGUCUGACGAACACCGCGGCGUCUCUGCGGGUCACGGGUGGGAUAUGGGUGGCGUUCUCCAGUGAAGGGUUCAGAGGUCAUCAGUGUGUGCUGGAGGAGGGUGAAUACACAGACUGUUCUCGUCUGUUCGGCGGGACGGAGCGGUGGAUCCAGUCGCUGCGCUGCGUUCAGACCGAUUUCCUGGAGCCGGCUGUGACUCUGAAGAUGUCUGAUGAGGACAUGGAUGUUCAUCAGGAGAUCCCUGAUCUGCAGGAGAUCCACGGCCUCUGUGUGAAGAGCGGAGCGUGGGUUGCGUACAGCGAGAGGUGUUUCACUGGACAGCAGUAUGUUCUAGAGAAAGGUCAUUAUCCGGGGCUGCUGGACUGGGGUGAUGGACGGAGCUCAGCGCGGUCACUGCGGCCCAUUCACAGGGAAGUCUGUCGGAUCGCGGAACCAAAGUUUUUGCUGCGUGUUUACUGCCAGACGCAGUACAGCGGCCAGAGCCGAGAGUUUGAGAGCGGCGUUCCUGACUGUGCUGUUCCUGGUGUGGCGUCACUGAGGGUGAUCCGAGGAAGUUGGCUGCUGUUCGAUGAGGAGUGUUACUCUGGUAACCAGUAUAUCCUGGGGGAGGGGCAUUACCCUGAUCUCACUUCCUGUGGCUGCACAUCCACAGCCAUUAAGUCUUUGAAGCCCAUUCCAUACAGUUUCGCCGAGCCGUCCGUGAGUGUCUUCUCUCUCAGCGGUUUCGAAGGCCUUGAGGAUUCCUUGUGUUCAGACGCGGAGGAUAUGAGCCACUUCUUCAUCCAGUCUGUGAGAGUCCACAGCGGCCUGUGGGUGGCGUAUGAAUACGCUCGCUUCAGGGGCCGGCAGAUGCUGCUGCAGCCGGGAGGAUAUGCGCUUUGGGCCGAACACAGCGGCUGGGACACAAUUGGAUCGUUGAAGCCUCUCAGACAGCCCAAAGCGUACAUCCAGCUGCGGAGCCGAGCUCGGGGUUCAGUCCUCACCAGCGAGAACCUUCCAGACGGAUCCUUUCCAGCCAAACUCUUCCUGAGUCCCGCUGACCGCUCGCUGGACACACAGCGCUGGAUCUUCACCCACGGCCUCCUGAAGAACACGGCGCGGAGGGGCUGUCUGUCUGUGAUCGGUGCGAAGGCCUGUGCCGGAGCCCCAGUGGCAUUAUGGGAAGAGCACGGGCGCAUCAACCAGCGCUGGAGUCUGAAUGAGGACGGGAGCAUCUGCUCUCAUCUGAACCGCAGCCUGGUGCUGGACCUCAGAGGUGGAUGUGGUCCGGACAGAGAUCAUCUGAUUCUGAGUCCUCUUCACGCUGAUAGCGCCACUCAAACCUGGGACAUCGACGUGCUGUGAUGCACAGAAACACACGUGAUAUCAGGGACUGAAGCCAAAUCAAAGCCAAUCCUUCAGAUUCAGCUACUCACCUACAAGCCAAUAAUCGAUUCUGGGCCCUUUUGCUGGAAAAGACAGUCUAGCACUGUUUGAAACUGCUCUGUGACUGUGGAGGAACGAGCCUGUGUGUGUGUUUUUAUCUUGUUCAGCGCACUUGCACUAGCAGAAACCUCACAUGCGUUCUGCAGAUGUUUCAGAUGAAGUCAUGCUUCAAUCCUCCUGAAAGUGUCCCAGAGAGCUCUUCUGAUGGAGCUGUAGCAUCACGAAAGCGUUCAGAUGGUCUACGCUAAAGCUAGUCAUUUCACUGGAGUCCUUCAGGAACACUAAUGUGUGUUUCGAGUCAGCCGUGAAUGCACCACAAACAUAUAAUGUGUACGGCGACGCUUAUAAGCAGCAUUUUUUAAAAGAAUCUCAACAAUAAAUCUAAACCGUAAAAAUGCA